CCAAUCAAGCCAGUCCAGUAAUCUACGUCAUCUUCCUAAGAGCCCACAAUAUAAUAGUGUCCGUCAAGCUGGAAACCCUAUCGGCAGAGGGUUAGCUUCCUUCGUCUCUCGUUCCUAGAGGAACCAUAACCCCUAAUCACCAACAGCAGACAUGGGACGUAUGCACUCAAGAGGUAAGGGUAUUUCUUCUUCGGCUCUGCCGUACAAGCGGACCCCACCGAGCUGGCUCAAGAUCUCCUCUCAAGAUGUUGAAGAGAACAUCUGCAAGUUUGCAAAGAAGGGGCUGACUCCGUCGCAGAUCGGCGUCAUCCUUCGUGAUUCCCUGAAGAGUGUUACUGGAAGCAAGAUCCUUCGCAUUCUCAAGGGUCAUGGGCUUGCACCGGAAAUUCCUGAGGACUUGUAUCACUUGAUUAAGAAGGCGGUGGCCAUCAGGAAGCACUUGGAGAGGAACAGGAAGGACAAGGACUCCAAGUUCCGGUUAAUUCUGGUUGAGAGCAGGAUUCAUCGUCUUGCCCGCUACUACAAGAGGACCAAGAAGCUCCCUCCUGUCUGGAAAUACGAGUCUACCACCGCAAGCACUCUUGUGGCCUAGAGUUUUCUUUGCACGACUUCAGGCCGAUUGUGCCAAUUAAAAUGCUUUGUGAAGUUUGGUUUGAUGGGGAGUAGAGAACCUGAUGAGCUGUUAUCCUCUUUUUUAGUUCUGUGGACCUUAAAACAGUUUUGAUGUUUAGUCUAAAUCUCAUUUGGUUACCUUCCAUUUUCUUAGCUUUGAGUUUCAUGUCUGGUCGGAUUUGAAUUAUUUUACAAGUUUAUCUUGUCCUUUGAAUGCAUGGAAGUCUAUAUAUUUGGGUUAAAUUC